AUGUUUUUUUACCAGAUAAAGAAGUACUUCUUGAAUGCGCAUGCCAAAGCACAUUUGGGCUAUACCAUUGAUAUUGUGCAGAUAUUUAAGGUUUCCAGGAAAGAUGAACUUGAACGAUUCAAAAAGGUCAAAAUGGAUCCUUUUGUCUCACAUUUUUUACUCACACCAAGAAUAGGAUGCUUCUGUGGCAUGGUUCUUGACUCACAAACUGGACCGGGAUCCUUUCUCAAGGAAGGGUUGAGGAUUGCACCUCCAGAAGCACCCGUUACUGGUUUCAUGUUUGGAAAGGGAGUUUAUUUUGCCGAUUUGUUUUCAAAGAGUGCAAAUUAUUGUUAUGCAUCAAUACAGUCCAGCAAAGGAGUGUUGCUCCUUUGUGAGGUUGCGCUUGGUGAUAUGGCUGAACAACUAUCUGCUAAUUAUAAUACUGAUCAAUUACCUGAGGGGAAAUUAAGGGAGAUAUCAACUGUAUCACAGCUGGUUCUCUCUGGCAAAUCUCUUCAGGUGGAUAUAUUUUUGUCCUAG